GAGCCUCGGCAGUGAGAGAGCGAAGAAAGACGAUUAGACUCUCAAAGCCUGAGCAUACAAGCGAACGAAAGGACACAGGUCGUGUGUGUCUGUGAUUGAGAGAGAGAAACAAACCGACGCCAAAGGGAAACCUCGGAGAGAAACGCAGCAAGAGAGCAUUGAUAACAAGGAGACAGGAGCUCACAUUCAAGAGGGAGAAGAAGAAAAAUAAGAAGAAGCAGCUACCGGAGGAAAAAGACUGAUUGAGCUAUACGGACAGCAGGAGAGAGCGAGACAGAGCGAGAGUGGGAGUAUCUCUGUAUGUGUAGUGUAGUGCUGCGCUGGCCAGCUCUGGAUAUCUCCCAUCUCCAUCUGGGUGCCAUCUGUGUCUCUGACUCCGGCCCCCACCACCACCACCCACCCUCUCCCCCUCCUCGCUGCGGUGGAGCGUUCACAUAUGUGGGAACGCAAACACAUGCAUGACACAUGAAGCCGUGGAGCGAAAAGCAGAGAGCGAGAGAAGGAAAGGAAGCGAUAAGAAAGUAAACUGACAGAAAACGCCGCUGGAGCCGCCAUCACGGUUCACUUUUUAUCCCGUUUCAACAUUGAAGACUGGACUCUAUCAGAGAGGAGACAGUAGAGAGAAGAAGAGCCCUGCCAUGCCCGGUUCUCCUGUGGAUGUUAAGACUCAUUCCAGAUCAGCCCAUAGCAGCUCCACCAUGCCUCCCCUGCCCUCCGUCAACCCCAGCGGCCCCCGCCCGGCCGCCUUCUCCACCACAGCAUUAACCAACGGCAACCACCAUUCGCCGCCCACGCUGAACGCGGUGCCGUCGCCGCCCCAGCGCUACAGCAACGGGCCCUCGUCGUCCUCGUCCUCCUCGCUGGCCAAUCAGCAGCUGCCGGCCACCUGUGGGGCGCGUCAGCUCAGCAAGCUGAAGCGCUUCCUGACCACCCUGCAGCAGUUUGGCAACGACAUCUCGCCCGAGAUCGGGGAGAGCGUCCGCAACCUGGUGCUAGCUCUGGUGAACUCAACGGUUACCAUCGAGGAGUUCCACUCGCGGCUGCAGGAGGCCACCAACUUCCCACUGCGCCCCUUUGUCAUUCCCUUCCUCAAGGCCAACCUGCCCCUGCUGCAGAGGGAGCUGCUCCACUGCGCCCGGGCGGCCAAGCAGACCCCGGCCCAGUACCUGUCCCAGCACGAGCACCUGCUGCUCAGCACCACGCUGGCCUCCCCGCCCGACUCCUCCGAGCUGCUCAUGGAGCCCGGGGACUCGGCCAAGAGACACAGCCCCGGCAGGGUGAAGGAGAACGGCUUCCACGAGCGCCCGCCCACGUCGCUGGAGCCCGCCGCCAAGCGCAUCUGCACCAUCAGCCCGGCGCCGCGCCACAGCCCCGCCCACCCCCACCCCCCGCACGCCCCUCUGCCCAUGGGCAGCGCCAGCGCCGCCGCCGCCGCUGCCCCGGGCGCGGGCCAGCUCCACCCCACCCCCCCGCCGUUGCAGCACUACGCCCUGGACGACAUCGCCACGCCCCACCUGCUGCACCGCGAACACAGCCAGCGCAUGCUGGAGCUGAGAGAGCUCAAGGACCGGCCCCGCCUGCCUGGCACUAACGGGGCCUACCGCGAGGAGCCGGUGGACCACAGACUGACAGACAGAGAGUGGGCUGAUGAGUGGAGGCAUCUGGACCACGUGCUGAACUGCAUCGUGGACAUGGUGGAGAAGACGCGGCGCUCUGUGAGCGUGCUCCGGCGCUGCCAGGAGUCCGACCGCGAGGAGCUCAAUUACUGGAGGAGGCGUUCCAGCGAGCAGGACGACCCGCGCAAGGGGGGCCCUGGCUCGGCGCCCUUCUCCAAGACGCACAGCCCCCACUCGGCAGACUCCGAUUCCCAGAGGGACAUGGGGUCCCGGCCAGGCUCAGCAUACGUACCGGACGAGAUCUGGAGGAAGGCCGAGGAGGCGGUGAACGAGGUGAAGCGCCAGGCCAUGGACGAGGUGCAGAAGGCGGUGGCGGAGGCGGAGCACAAGGCCUUCGAGAUGAUCGCCUCGGAGCGGGCCAAGAUGGAGAAGACGCUGGCCGACGCCAAGAGGAAGGCCCAGCAGGACGCCAUCUCCGUCAUCAACGAGCAGGAGGACUCCAGCGAGUGUUGCUGGAACUGCGGCCGCAAGGCCAGCGAGACGUGCAGCGGCUGCAACGCCGCGCGCUACUGCGGCUCCUUCUGCCAGCACAAGGACUGGGAGCGCCACCACCUCAUCUGCAGCCCCGGGCUCCAGGCGCAGCCCAAGCCCGCCAUCCGGGCGCCCGUCGCCACGGCGGCGGCGGCGGCCCCCCUCGCCGGCCCGCUGCCCGUGGCGGGGAUCAAGACCGGUGACCGAACGCCGAGUCCCGGCGGGGAGAAGGGCUCCUCCUCCAUCGCCUCGCGCUCCUCCACCCCGUCCACGCCGGCCCCCCCGCCGGCGGCCGACAUCAACGGACACUAGUCGAAGGGCUGGGGGGCCGAGCCGGGCUCAGCACACACUUUGACUUUUGGUUCUUAAUCCCAGCCUGACUGUUUGGGGGGGGCCCCCAGGGGACACGAAGCGAACCAAAACCCUCCCGGGCUCUCUGGCAGCCGGAGGGGAGUAUCUAGUGGGCGACGGCGGGACCCCGGGUCCGGUUGUCUGUCACCAUGGGCGACAGAGGGCCGGGUGGUCCGCCCACAAAAGAGGAGGAGAACCCACGCUUGAAUUGUACACAACAUGUUGUCUUUCAAUUUGAAGUGACUAAAAGCUCCAACUCCCAGAUCAGGGGGGAAAAAGAGGGAUUCGCAUUUACCAACUGUUGUUCUCAAUAUAUAUAGAUAUAUAUAUUUUUGUUUUUGUUUCUUUCAUCAGAAAAAAAGGCAUAGCGGAGAACAUAUUUAAUAGGAGAGGAUCUCUACACAGCAAAGUUUGUCGAAAUUCUUUCACAGCUCACGAUACCGAAACAUGAUAACUAUUCCAUAGGACAUGACCCUACCCCCUCUGUGUAUCAAUGUCUCACCUUCUCCCCAGAUUUCUGCGUUGUGCCGUCAGUGAAUAUUUGUAUGAUUUAAAAAUGUUCAGUAUCAUUGUAUCAGGUAGCUGGAGGUCUUUUUCGUCUUUGUCACCAAAAUGUUCAGUUGUUUAAGGGUGGAGCGAAGCUGAAGCGCUUCUGAUGAGGACAAUGGGUCCAUUCAGACUGAAGGCCGCUGCUUCGAGGAGCGCGAGCUGCUCCAUCUUCUGUCCAGAUACUAUAGCUUUGUGUUCUUUUGUCGCCAGUGAUGAUCUCUGACUUUAACGCGUGGGAGGUGGACAAACUUCAGUGUCUCCUCUCUGUGGUUUCUUACGGUUGACUUACCGAACACGCCAAACGAAAAAACCAAAUCCGUAUUGUACCGCAAACAGACCAACGCCAGUACCGUGUAAUGCUCUGGGGACAGGCGACGGGAGAGGACAGUAGAAGACGCACACUAUUAACGUUGCGUUGUGAGUUACAUACAUAUUGCGUGGGUGCUAACCGUUUGCAGCAGGUUGAGGGUCUGGCAUAUUGACUCUGUGCAAGGAAUCUCAGGAGGUUUAUGAAUAUGUACAUACAGUAUAUAUAUAUAUAUAUAAAUAUAUAUGACUGUUCCGUUUCUUUCCUGUUGUCACCGUUAUAACGUCUUGUGAAGAACCUUUGAUCAUAGUCUGCUGUUACCAUGGAGACGUUUUUACAUGUGCGUGCGUGUGUGUGUUUGUUGUACAAUGUCUUUGUAAAGAAUAUUAUGAAAGAACGCCUUUAUUUUGUGAGCCGCUACUACCGCACCCUUCUCCUCCUCAUUCUCUUCCUCAUCUUCCUACACUCAAUCUUUUGUUAUCAGAUGUAACUUUGUAAAGAUAUCUUGACAUGAAGUAUUAAAUAAAAGAUAAAAAAUUAAAUUAA